CGAAUUUAGCCGAUAACCGAGCGAACGAGUCUAUGAAGUCCGAAGAAACUAAAAAUUUGUCGUUCACUUUAUUGAUGUAAAUUUGAAAAAUUAACAAAAUGAUAUUGUAAAAUCUUACUAAGACCAUCUUAUUUUGUUUUAAUCUUUCUAUUAGUGAUACUAUUUUGACUAUUAUAUUUCUAAUAUAGUAAUACGUCGGCGAAGUGAGAGAGUUCAGUGCGAGUGCUAGCAAGGGUGGUAACGAGAAAUGUGAAGUAGUAUCUAUGAAGUUCAGGAUUCGGCCGUUUAUUUUAUACCUAUAAUAAUGAGCGGGCGCCCUAGGACCACGUCUUUCGCCGAGGGCGGCAAAUCCGUUCGAAAGACAUUCGAAAAUCAACCACCGAAACCACCUCUCGGAGGAGUAAAAAUUUGCAGCAAGGACGGUUCCAAGGUGACGACGGUGGUGGCGACGCCGGGGCAGGGCCCUGACCGGCCGUUGGAGGUGAGCUACUCGGAUAUGAAGCUCAUCGGCAAUGGCAGCUUCGGCGUCGUCUACCAGGCCAAGCUGUGCGACAGCGGCGAGCUCAUUGCCAUCAAGAAGGUGCUCCAGGAUAAAAGGUUUAAGAACCGAGAGCUUCAAAUCAUGCGACGACUGGAGCAUUGUAAUAUUGUCAAACUGAAAUACUUCUUUUACUCCAGCGGAGAAAAGAAGGACGAAGUGUACCUGAACCUGGUGCUGGAGUACAUACCCGAGACGGUGUACAAAGUUGCACGUCACUACUCCAAAGAUGAACAAACCAUACCCAUUAGUUUUAUAAAGCUGUACAUGUACCAGUUGUUCCGGAGCCUGGCGUACAUCCACUCGCUGGGCAUCUGCCACCGGGACAUCAAGCCGCAGAACCUGCUGCUGGACCCGAAGACGGGCGUGCUGAAGUUGUGCGACUUCGGCUCCGCCAAGCACCUCGUGCGCGGCGAGCCCAACGUCUCCUACAUCUGCUCGCGCUACUACCGCGCGCCCGAGCUCAUCUUCGGCGCCAUUGACUACACCACUAAGAUUGACGUGUGGAGCGCGGGCUGCGUGGUGGCGGAGCUGCUGCUGGGGCAGCCGAUAUUCCCCGGCGACUCCGGCGUUGACCAGCUCGUUGAAAUUAUCAAGGUUUUAGGUACACCGACACGCGAGCAAAUUCGAGAGAUGAAUCCAAACUACACGGAAUUCAAAUUUCCACAAAUCAAAAGCCACCCCUGGGCGAAGGUGUUCCGCGCGUGCACGCCGCCGGACGCGAUCUCGCUGGUGUCGCGGCUGCUGGAGUACACGCCGGGCGCGCGGCUGUCGCCGCUGCAGGCGUGCGCGCACAGCUUCUUCGACGAGCUGCGCGAGCCCGCCGCGCGGCUGCCCAACGGCCGCGCGCUGCCGCCGCUCUUCAACUUCACCGAGUACGAGCUCGCCAUACAGCCCUCGCUCAACGAGUUCCUCAAGCCGCGCGCGCACAACGCGCCCAACGCGCCUAAUGCGUCCGACGCUCCCGGCGGCUCCGGCUCCGGCGCCGGCGCUGGCGCCGCGGACCAUGCGCACGACUCACAGGACAACGCAGCGGCGUGCGGGCCGAGCGGCGGAUCGCCGAGCGCGUCGUAGACGGCGACGAAGCCCACGCCCACGUCCGCGCCCGCGCCCACGACAUCGACCAUCGACCGUCGCCCACGCCCACGCCUGACCUCAUCGCCUUGCCCACGCGCUGAUCCCGACGCCCGACAGACUAUCGCCACUCUAAAUGCAUUUAGGGCGACCGUUCCUCACCUCACUCGGUUGGACGCACGUUGCCGGAACGUGUCGGAGCAUGUCGGAACAUGUCGGAACGUGUCGGAUGCGAUCGGAACUAAGAUGGGUAAUUCAUAUGCUAUUUAGUGAUAGUAUUUUUAUUUUCGUGUUGGCCAUCGGGUAAAAUUAUAUGCAUAAUAGGUGUUAUCAGCGAGCAGUCGUGAUACCGUAGUGUUUGUGGAAAGCUUGAGCUGUCGCAGUCGGUGAGAAGGGUAAAAUCCGCAGUAGACUCUGUACCGUCUCCAUGUGAUUACUUUGUACUUUUGUAAGCUCAAAUUUUUUUUUAUGUAAAUACCUUAUUACUGCGUUUUUAAAUUAAUGAUUAUUUUGGUGAACGUCAGAUUAAAUAUCUGGAUAAAUGGUAUUGUUUUAUAUUUUACAUUGUAUUUGCUUAUUUUUCUGUCGUUUAGUACAUUUUAUUGUAGCCGGCGUACUCGGCGAGUACCUUUAUCACAUGACGGGGAGCGAUCGUUGUAAUAUUGUACAACAAAAUCACCUUUGGACCUUAAAUUAGCUUGGGCCGUGUAAUCAGUAGAGAAAUAUUCGAGUAGUGCUUUAGAAUAUUUAUAAUUGAAUUGUAUCACGUACCGAUGAACUUUUAUGAAGGUAGUUCGCUUUCAAUGAUGGAAUUAUAGCAAAUGAAACAUUAUCUUGCACUCACAAAUGCGUAAUUGUAAAUUUUUAUAACUAGCAUAAACUGAUCUCUCAAGAUAAUUUGUAAUUUUUAUUGAUAUCUCAGAAUUUUAUGUAUUUGUACAAUUCGAAGAACAUAAAUUUUUAGAUUAACUACAUGAUAGAUGUAUUCGUUUAUUUGGGCAACUUUUAAAUUAGUAAAAAAAAGUUUUAAAUUGCGGUGUACCUUACCUUGUCUUACCUAGGGGCGGGAUAAAUGUUAAUAUUAAUAAAUAGCACUGUCUGUCGAUGUCCUAUUGUAAUGUCAUAGUUUUUCGAUAAUAUUGUAUUCUAUAAUAUAAAGAAUAUUUCUGCUAUGUAAAAUUUGUCAUUGAAAUCACAUUAUUAGUAGUCAUUUAUGAUACGAGUGUUUAAAUAAUUAAAUUCAUUGUCAUAGUUUUUAAGCUUUCAUUAAAUUUCAUUUUCGCACUACGUGUUGGAUACAGUUACAAAUUAGUGGAGGUUUAUUAAAGCCUUUAAGUGUAGAAUAAUAUUUAAUUGAUUAGACGUAGCGAGACGUGAAGUAGUAACACUCCGCCCUUUGGAUCGCGACGAUCUCACGUCGUCACAUACAAAACAAUUAUUAACAAAGCACUUCAAAUACUAAUUCAAUAAUACAACUACACACAAUAUGCUAACUCUUUCUCAUGUUAAAUUCAGUGCAAAAAGUUUAUAUAGACCCAAUAAGUGGGUCGGAAAAUUUUAUUUGAAUUUUGGAUACUAUAUCCACUAGCAAAUAAUCAUGGCAAUUCCCAUAGAAACUUAUUUACGGUAAACUAUGUGUUUUUGUUAUUUUGUUUAAUAAAUUAAUUAUAUACUUAUAUGCUUACUGGCAUGUAUUAUGUUUACAACAUUUACAUAAUGUUUUCUUGCAAUUUUAUUAUUAAAAAUUUUUAACGCAUGUGUAAUACUGAAGGUCAUUUUAUGAUUCUCAAAUUUUAUAUGUAGAGGCAUCUUAUGUAUUUUGUCUCACUAAAACGCUUAGCUAAAUGAUACCAUUAGCUCUUAUUCACACGGGCGUCUGUUUAACGCUCUCGGUCUUAUGAACGAUUUUAAAUCACUCUUAUUCCGUUCUGACAGACUUAAAAAUGCAGUACUGCGCGAUAAAAAAGUGUUAUGGUAUAAUAGAUACAUGGAAAUGCAUUUGUUAUAUUUGAACGUUUUUUUAACGCGCGUUAUAGUGGUGCACGUGUGUAUGGUUAAUGGUACAAAUUGGUAAAAUAAGUGACAUUGGAUUGUCAAUUGAAUGAAAUGAAGCAGAGAGGCCUCGUUGCACAGUGAUGAGAUUGACGCGCUUGGCUGACGGCACGCAUCCAUUGGGAAGUCCCGUGUACAUUUGGCGGCGGCCAAGUAUAUAAUAAACAUUGUAUUACUAUAGGUAUGUACUAAUUACGUAUAAAUUUGUAGUAUUUUAAGAUAUAUAACGCGCUCGGCGCAAGAUUUGAAAUCACACAUAGCGGAGCUUAGUUGUCCCUAAGGCUGCUGAUUUGCUGACACCUUUAUAGUUCGUGUAAAUAUUACCUUUAUAUGACUCUGAGUAUAUCGGGCGGCAGUCGCGCCGCCCGCCCCUCGCCCUGCGCCCCGCGCCCCGCGCCCCGCGACUCCGGAGCCGGCGAGGUCUAACAUAGUCUAGAUAUGCAUAUUUUAUUAAGUCUUAUUCUAUGAAUUUUGUAAUCGACGUCGCUUCUAAAACCCUCUGUGUAAAAAGUUAAGACAUACUAGUGACCUGAAUGUUUGAAGCUGUGUUGUCGGAACUAUCCCACUGAAUUCUCACUUUGAUUCGCGUGCACGUUUACUGACCCACGAGAGAAUUGUCCGUCGAGCAACACUUACGACUACAAUACAUACACACUUCGAAAUGGGGUUGACUUUAUAAAUUAUUUAAAGUGGAAAAGAGUUUUCUUAUUACUAGUACUGUAAUAUUAAAUUUAAUAGUGAGUGAAAAAAUGUAUUUUGUUUUUAAUUUGUUUUAUUGAAUUUGAAUACAUAGUAACACCCAUAUCGUUGUUAGUUAUGAAUGAAAAUAACAUAAUUAUAAAAGUAAAUAUUAAAUGAAUAGUAAA